GGGGCGAGGCCUGCGCGAGGCCGGGGAUGGUGAGGGGCGGCCCCGCGCCGCCAUGGAGCCGGAACGACAGGCGUUGCCGCUGGAGAAUGCCGCCAUCCUGUCCGAGGGCGCCCUGCAGGACGGGCACCGCCUCUGGAUCGGCAACCUCGACCCCAAGAUCACCGAGUACCACCUUCUCAAACUCCUUCAGAAGUUCGGCAAAGUAAAGCAAUUUGAUUUUCUCUUUCACAAGUCUGGAGCUUUGGAGGGGCAGCCAAGGGGUUACUGUUUUGUGAACUUUGAAACCAAACAGGAAGCAGAAAAGGCGAUCCAGUGUCUCAAUGGGAAGCUGGCCCUUUCCAAGAAAUUGGUGGUGCGGUGGGCACACGCACAAGUCAAGAGAUACGAUCACAAUAAGAACGAGAAGAUCCUUCCGAUCAGUCUGGAGCCAUCGUCCAGCACGGAGCCACCCCAGUCCAACCUGAGUGUCAGUGCAAAAAUAAAGGCCAUUGAGGCCAAGCUGAAAAUGAUGGCAGAAAAUCCAGAUGCAGAAUAUCCAGCAGCGCCUGUCUAUUCUUACUUCAAACCACCAGAAAAGAAAAGGACUACUCCUUAUUCCAGAGCAGCCUGGAAAUCUAGAAGAUGAUGCUUAUUGAAUGGAUGGUGGUAGCAAGAAACACUGCUUUGUACGCCUGGAAUCCUCCAAUGCUUUUGUACUUUGUAGGGUGAGAAGGAUGCUCCACCUGAGCACAACACGCUGUACGUGGCACAGUGUUUGUGACACUUUGGGUGGUCUGCUGGGUGCUCUUUGUUGCCGUGUAGCUUCACAGCUGAGCGCUGUUCAGAAAAGUAGGUUCCAUUCAAAGCCUCUGCUGAACAUGCAGACAACCUUUGGAUAGCUUGCAUUCAUUAGCAAGAUUAGAGACAGUAACCAGUGUACGGAGUGAAGCACAUCCAAAAAUACUCUAUUUAACUGAUUACUUUUUAAAGUCUUUUUGAACUAAAGGUAUUCCAAUUCGUGUUUUUAAUGGAGGGGGAACACCUGGUUUUGAUUAACAUUCUGUAGUUACCAUGGAAAACUUUUUCAUCUCAAUAAAACUCAUUUUAAAUAGUCUUUGCAACACUUAGUAACUGUGCAUGUGAUAUUUUCUAUGCACCAACCCAAAUUUAUUUUGCAUUUUUAUUUGCUGGCUUUGUAAGUCAUGGCACAGCACAGGUAUUCUGUGUCAUUUGGGCUGCAGGCAUGUGCCUCUGCGUUGGAAUUGGCGUAGUUACGCACCAGUGGGGUCUGUUCUGUGCCAUGAGCUUCAGAGUGCAGCAGUGGCAUCCCUAAUAUUUGUGUUCAGGAACCCCCGUUAGUGGUAGCUCUUCAUAAACCAGAUGUGACAGCGUGAGAAUAACGCUGCAGCCUCAGAGACAUCUGUCAAGCACAUGACCUCAGUGUUUGCCUACCAACCAGUCUGACCUUUAUCUUUUUGACUGGCUGGUAGAGGUUUCUCAGUGUGAUUCAAGUGGCACAAGUAUCUGUGGCAGCGCUGGUUCUGCUGCCCGCUGAGGCUCACCCAUACAAGGCGUCUGGUUUGGGGCUGUCAUGGAGGCACUUGGCUGAAAUCAUCGGAUCUGCAGCUCGUUCUUCUCCUUAAAUGUUCUGUGCAAAAUCUGAGGAAGGGCCGCCCUGGCAGCGUUUCCUCCUUUUUGCACGUGGGGCAUUGGGAAUGUGUGCACUCAGGUGCAGAAUGCACUGAUGGUACUGGAGUCUGCUUUCUCACAUCCUUCCAGUGGUGAGCCUUUAGCUAACCUGUCACUCUUGAGUUGCUUCUCCAAACUGGUAAACAGGAGCAAGAAAGUGAUUUUUGAACAGCCCACCACUUCUGAGCACAAGUGCUGCUCACUUGUAUAACGAAGUCAGGUUUGCAUUCCCAAAGCAGCACACCUGCCUUCGAGUGCAGAGCAUGCUUCCUGCUCCCAAACUUUGCUGCCAGAAUGAAGCUUUGCAUGUGUACGGUGGAUAGAUUGAAAGCCUGAAUUGCUGGGAAGUAGGUCUUGUACUGUUAGAUACUUGCUUGCUAAUUUUCUUUGGGUACCUGAGUAAAAAGAAAGUACGGUUUGGAGUUUGUCCCCCUGUGGAUGUGUCAGUAACACUCAUUUGCAUUCCUCUGUGAGCAGCCUGUGUUUUGUUCUUACGUGUGCUACCACUUGUAGUCCUCAGGAUGUGCAUCUGCAUUAUUUCAAACCAUUUCUGUUUUUAAUAGGAAUUUAGAAAAUGCCCAAAUUCAGGUGAGGUGUGUGGUGGCAUUCCCUUCAGAACCAUAUUUUGAUAUUUGUUUGUAUUUAAAUUAAACUUGUUGAAAUUCUUACGGCUCUAAAUAAACGUUUAAAAUGCA